AAUUUUAGAACACGAAAUUAAAAAAAAAUCCUCUCUUUCAUAAAACUUUGUAACCAGUUCAACCGCCUUUACAUAAAUUGGAACCGAGGGAGCAGUAAAAGCUUUCCAGUCAAAACAACCGCUUCAAACAGUCAGUCAACUCCACUAAUAAACAACAACUACUUAAACUCUAAACUGUAUCCAUCUUCUUCUUCUUCUUCUUCAAACUACAUUCCUUCAUUCUCUAACCUUUUCUUGAUCAACAAAAAUGCAAGAUCCAUCAAAUCCAAAUUCCGUUAAGUCCCCAUUUUCAACUGCAUUCCGUCCAUCUCACCACAGGCGAGCUCACUCAGAAGUUAACUUCCGUUUACCGGAUGAUCUUGAUCUUGUAUCCGACCCAUUCGAUGUGCCAGGUGGAACUAGUUUCGAAGAAAUGGGAUCAGAAGAUGACUUGUUUUCUACUUAUAUGGAUAUGGAGAAGCUUGGUAGUGGAUCUAAUCAUAACCCAAGCGGUGAUCUGGACAAGCACAGUAGUGAUGGAGAGAAGAGUAUGAUGAUGAUGAAGACACGUCAUAGGCAUAGUAGUUCUGUGGAUAGUAGCUCAAUCAGUGAGAGUAUUGAAGCUAAGAAAGCUAUGGCUCCUGAUAAGUUGGCUGAGCUUUGGACUAUUGAUCCUAAACGUGCCAAAAGGAUUUUGGCGAAUCGACAGUCUGCUGCUCGUUCUAAAGAGAGGAAGGCCCGUUAUAUAUCUGAACUUGAGAGAAAAGUUCAGACCCUUCAAACAGAAGCGACCACUCUUUCUGCACAACUGACCCUUUUCCAGAGGGAUACUACCGGGCUUACUAAUGAGAAUACAGAGCUUAAGAUCCGGUUGCAAGCUAUGGAACAACAAGCUCAAUUACGUGAUGCUCUGAAUGAAGCACUGAAACAGGAAGUUGAAAGACUUAAAAUAGCUACAGGCCAGAUAUCAGCUUCCUCAGAUGCAUACAAUUCGGGAAUGCAGCAAAUUCCAUAUAACCGACCAGCAUGCUUUCCUCAUCAACCGCAGCCAGGGCCAAGCGAAUCACAAAACAUACAGAUGCCACAGUUUCACUCCCUCCAGGGCAGCAUGUCUAAUCCACGUCACCCUCUACUUUCUGGUCAUGCACAGGCUCUGGCAGAUGCAAUGCAACAAGAUCCCCUCGGUCGUUUUCAGGGUCUUGAUAUCAAUAGUAGGGGUUCUCAUCUUGUAAAGACUGAAGCCCCCUCCAUUUCUGCCAGUGAAAGCAGCAGUACAUUCUAAGUUAGUUGCCAAUUCCUGCAUCACCCUCUGAACCCUAUUUAUUACACUGUCCAUAGACUGACAUGUGUUUAACAUCCGGAACUUCAUUAUUCUUAAAAAAAAAUUGAUUAGUUAUUUGUCCCAUUUGACUCGAGUCUAGGUUUAACAGGUCAUGAGGUAUUCUGUUUCUAUUCAUUUUCCUUUCUUAAUCUGAACCAAACCUUGUGGUUUAUUCAUGUAAUGCUCAGAGGAAAGUUGUCUGUCGUCA